AAGAAAAUGAUAUAGAGAAUUUACAACAGGUUUUAAGUUUAGAAACUGCUAUAAAUAUAAGUGGGCUUGCUACUUAUAUUAAUGAUAAUGAAAUUGUUCCAACAGAAGAGUUUUUAGAUGAUGAACAAAUUAUUGAUCUUGCAACUCAAUCUGCAGAAUUUGAUAGUAGUUCAGGUGACGAAGAACUA